GCUUAUUAAGAUACCAACUUGGAGGCCAGAUAGACUCAUCCGGCCUCCAGUGGGUGUUCUCAAACUGCACUUUGCAGAACUCUGAGUGCGGUCGCCGGGUGGAAUGCUCAGGUUUCACUCUCCGGGGACCUCGAGCUUCUGCAGCCUGGUAGCUCGCGGAAGAACGUUUGCAAGCGGCAGCCGCGCGCUCUGCCUGCGCUCCACCGAGAGGCCCCGCGACGCGGCUGGCCGAGUCAGGAGGCGGCGAUCCCGGCUGGGCCGGGACUUCCUUCCUCCGGGGAGGGACAACAGAACCCCCCCGCAGCCCGCACCGAGCUCCUGGCAGCCAGCAGAGCUAGCGCGCAGCGAUGGGCUCCCUGCUGAGCAGCGACAGCUCCAAGUCCGCUCCCGCCUCCGCCUCCCCGCGGCCCCUGGAGCGCAGCGGGGACCCGGAGCUUCCCAUCACCUCCUUCGACUGCUCGGUGUGCCUGGAGGUGCUACAUCAGCCGGUUCGGACCCGCUGUGGCCACGUGUUCUGCCGAUCCUGUAUUGCGACCAGUAUAAAGAAUAAUAAAUGGACAUGUCCAUACUGCCGGGCAUACCUUCCUUCAGAGGGAGUUCCAGCAACUGACAUAGCCAAAAGAAUGAAAUCAGAAUACCAGAACUGUACUGAGUGUGGGACUCUGGUUUGCCUCAGUGACAUGAGGAUGCACAUAAGGACUUGUGAGAAGUACAUCGAUAAAUAUGGGCCACUGCAAGAGCUUGGCGAGACGACAACAACAAGAUGUGUAUGUCCAUUUUGUCAGAGGGAACUGGAUGAAGACUGCUUGCUGGAUCAUUGUAUUACCCACCACAGAUCAGAAAGGAGGCCUGUGUUCUGCCCACUUUGCCAUUUGCUACCUAAUGAGAGUCCAAGCACCUUCAAUGGCAGUCUAAUUAGACACUUGCAAGUCAGCCACACUUUGUUUUAUGAUGAUUUCUUAGACUUUGAUAUAAUCGAGGAAGCCCUUAUCCGAAGAGUGUUAGACCGCUCACUUCUUGAAUAUGUGAACCACUCAAACACCACAUAAUUUUAUAAAUAGCAAGGGACCAUUCACUUAUACCAUUUAAGAUGCUGCUUGAAGGACUGGAGGGAAAUUGUCAAUGUUUGAUGGAGAAAACUGUACUACAGUGUUACACACUUGUCUUUGCUAUGUUGCAUUCAAAAACUGCUUUCAUUCCGGUUUAGAACUGCCUUUACAUUCUUGAGUUUUGUAGACAUUUAACCACAGGCAAUAGUCUCCAUAAGCUAUUAACAGAUGGAAGAGACAGAGGCUGAGUAUGUGGUGGAGGAGCUCCAUGUGCACAUUGGUGAUGCUGUGCAUAAUGCUACAUGUUCAUGACUAUCAUCAUGGUUAGGCAAGAUAACCAAUCUCCGUUCUGCACAAAAAGAUGGAGAAAGGAACAAAAUAUGGACAUUAAAGGAAAUCUGAAAUUUAUUCAAAUCUUCAUGCUCUAAUCUCCAAUAAAGGAAUGUAAAUAACCUCAUGUGAAAGGAGGAAAGGAAAGAACUUGAAAUCAACAAAAUCCAUUUUAACCAAAUUACAGUACCUAAUACUCUAAUGGAUUUUGUGUUUGGAAUGUAUACUUAGUUGGGCAUGGUGGUGAAUGCCUGUAACCCAAGUAUUUGGGAGGUGGAAGGAUCAGAAAUGUAAGGCCAGCCUUGGCUAAUGAGACCAUAAAAAACAUUAAAAAACUGAAAAAAGAUUAUGUGGACUUAACUAUUGGCAUACUGUAUAUGCACAUAUAAAAAUUUGAUGGAAUAUUUUUCAAAUAUUUGUAGCUUAUUAUUUAGAGGUGUUUUAUAAUAUAAGUGAUUUCUUAAGACCAAUCUGUUGUCAACGUUUUCACAUUAGUAAUUUUGAGUGGAACUCCUAAGCUUUGUUUUUAAUUUUAACAUCUUAAAAAGAAUAAAAUAAAGCACACAUACUAAAAACCAGA